AUGAGGAGGGAGAACCAGAGCAGCGUGUCCGAGUUCCUUCUCCUGGGGCUCUCCAUUCGGCCAGAGCAGCAGGACCUAUUCUUCACCCUGUUCCUGGGCAUGUACCUGACCAUGGUGCUGGGGAACCUGCUCAUCAUCUUGCUCAUCUGGCUGGACUCCCGCCUGCACACCCCCAUGUACUUCUUCCUCAGCCACCUGGCUUUCACAGAUGUCUCUUUCUCAUCUGUCACUGUCCCAAAGAUGUUGAUAGACAUGCAGGUUAAGUGCAAAUUGAUCCCCUAUGUAGGGUGCAUUACUCAGGUAUACUUUUUCAUAUUUUUCACUGACCUGGACAGCUUCCUUAUUACAUCAAUGGCAUAUGAUUGAUACGUUGCCAUAUGUCACCCUCUUCACUACACUACUAUAAUGAGGGAAGAGCUAUGUAUCUUAUUAGUGGCGACAUCCUGGAUCCUGGCCUAUGCCAACUCCCUCUCCCAAACCCUUCUCCUGACUCGGCUGUCUUUCUGUGAUGCUAAUACCAUUCCCCACUUCUUCUGUGAUCCUGCUGCUCUGCUCGAGUUGUCCUGCUCAGACAUCUUCCUCAAUGAAGUGGUCAUGUUCACUGUAGGAGUGGUGGUCAUUACCCUGCCAUUCAUAUGUAUCCUGGUAUCUUAUGGCUACAUUGGGGCCACCAUCCUGAGGGUCCCUUCAACCAAAGGGAUCUGCAAAGCAUUAUCUACUUGUGGCUCCUACCUCUCUGUAGUGUCUCUGUAUUAUGGAGCAAUAUUUGGGCAAUAUAUUUUUCCAACAUUAAGUGAUUCCAUUAACAAGGACAUCAUUGUGGCUCUCAUGUACAUGGUGGUCACACCCAUGCUGAACCCCUUUAUCUAUAGCCUUAGGAACAGGGACAUAAAAGAGGCCCUUGGAAAAGUCUUCAGCAGAGCAACAUUUUUCUCGCAGUAA